AGCACGGUGUGGCUAGAGCAAAUAUGAACCGUCGAACGAGGGCCCUGGUGGGGCUGCUGUGCCUAACCGGGCUGGCAACAGGCCAGCUGAACCAAAGCUACCGGCCGGAGUUCUUCUCGCCCGGGCAGGGUUUCCAGUCGGUGUCGGCGCAAAUCUCGAGCAGUAAUGUUCAGCAGUUUAAACGUCAAGCUCCCGGUGGAGGUGGCGGUGCUGGGGCUGCCGAUGUCAUCCCGCAUGACCAGAAAAAGCAAACCACCUUCUGGUGGGUGGCACCGGACACCCCUUUCAAGGCUACUAAAAUCGGUGGUGGUGUCCAGAAGCCGCCCGAAAGUGCUGAUGGGCAAGACGGUGCGGCUGGGGCGGCAGCAGGUGGUGCGGCGGCCGCAGGAGCCGCAGGAGUGUCUCAAACAGCCUUCCAGACUUCUGCGGCUCGUACGACGAGCCAAGCUGGCCAAGCGUUUGGUGCUGGCGGAACCGCGACGUCGAUCCAAUCGGCAUCGCGGACGGUCGGUACACAGACACAAGGGUUCCAGGGGGCGGGUGUGGCUACGGGUGCAGCGGGGUCGACACGGACUAGUAUUGCCAAGAGCAGUACGAGCACAUUCGGACAGACCGGUGUCACUCAACCGGGUGUGAUCGCUGGAUCGUCUCGAACUAGCUCCACUACGUCGAGCACGCAGGUCAACACCGGUACGACUCAACCAGGUGUUGGAGCAAGUGGCGUUCUUACGUCCUCUGUUAUUCGGCAGUCAAAGACGCAAACUACGACCGGAGUUGCGCCCGUUCCCGUGCCACCUCCGCCACCACCGACCACGUCUAUCCAAAGCACAACGACGGGCGUGCGGACGGACACGAUCACGACUAACGUUAACCAACCGCGGACUUCCGUAGGCGUCACUAACGUAGAUACGCAGCGUACCAAUACCAAUAUUCAAACUAACCUCUAUCCGGGCCAGCCGGGCCAACCAGGCCAACCGGGCAGUUCAACCACCACGACGGUCGUGGGGACGACCGGCACCAGGACGAUCGGAACUCCGCCAAAUAACUACGGUGGUACGUCGGUCACGAAAACGCAGAACCGCUCGGACAGUGGCAUCACGAGCAAGGUCAUCACCACUGGCACGAUACAACAGCCCUUCUUCAAGCAGACCACCGUUUCGACCGGGUACCAAUACCCUGUGCCUGAUACGGUGCCGUGUUACGAGCCGAACAAGAUUUGUGCUCCGAACCAGUACUGCAACAACGGACUCGUCGAAGAGUCGCAGCUGAAUCUGUUCAACACGAACAACCAGAACUGCAACUCAGCCACGGAACAGUGCUGCAAGAUUCGACAGACGCCGGCCACGCGCUGCCCCGACGAAAGCUACGUCUGCGUGUCGCCCAGCUUAUGCAACAACGGUCUGGUGAACUUCGACGCACAGAAUGCCAUCUCCACGAGCCAACAGACUGGCGAAUGUUACGCACCGGAAGUUUGCUGCAAACAGCAAUCCCUGCUGUCCGAAUCAACUGUCCUGACGAAUGAAGGAUACGUCGUUAAGGUACCGGAAAAUCAGUACCUCCCACCAGAGGGCCAAAACACCGUCACAAACAUUCAAACUGCACCCCCACCACGACCACCUACCACCCCACGUCCACCACCACCACCACCAACCACACGCUAUGUUCCACCACCGACCACCACGCGUUACGUGCCACCACCAACCACCACCCGGUACGUGCCACCACCAACAACGACGCGUUACUACCCACCGCCCACCACGCGACCACCAUUCCGCGGCGACGAGUACAUUCCACCACGGGAAGAGGUGCCAGCACCGUCCAAUGACGACCCUAACAAGAUCAGACCUCCGCAGGACGAGAUCCCGAAUCCGGCCAACGAAACACCGGUGGUGUUGAGACCAACGACCCUACGUCCGUUCCAGCCCCGUCCGGAUGAUCCUCAGGCUCCAGCACCAUUGCCACCGGUUGGUUGCUCAGCUGCGAUGAACUGUACCGAAGAGGAGUUCUGUUCUUCGACAGGUGUCAUUUCGAAGACACCUGUCGUGUUGACAGAAGAGCAGAAGUUGUUCCGUGUGCCUGUCACCGCUUGUCGGAAUUUGGAGCGUAAUUUCGUCGGCGUGUGUUGUCGUGAUCCGGACUACGUCGAUCCUUGGCCCGUUGGUCAGCUUGGACAGUACAAUCCGGAGAUUCUGGGCUUCGAUGAUGGCUCGUACAAACCGAACGGCAAUAAUGGUAACACCGUCAAUGGCAACGGAAAUGCACGUCGCCCGGGUGAGCCAAUUCAGGCGUCACCAUCGCAGGUAACGUCUACACAAUCGUUUGCACCGAACCAGUUCGUCAGCCAGACGGCGUCAGUCACACAGUCGAAGUCGCAGUAUGAUCGCGGCGUAACGGCGUCCGCUUCCUUCCAGUCGACUGUUGGGCAGCGCGUGAAUGCUGCACCGGCUGGGUUGCAGUUUACCAACAGUGGAAAUACCCGGUUCCGGCCGUUUCAGAACCAACGCUCGGAGAGUACCGUGACCAGAUCGCAGCAGUGUGCCCCGAGGAACUAUAACACUCAACCGCGCGGUGCAGGACCCUUAGGAACCGGAUUCGGAGAGUUCCCGUGGCAGGCGAUGGUAUUGCUGGAAACGAACAAGAGUCUUCUGUGCGGUGGAGCGAUCAUCUCAGACAACACCGUCGUAACGGCUGCUAACUGCGUCUACGGACUCAACCCACGUACGAUCCAGAUCAAGGGAGGUGAAUGGCGCCUGGGAGUUGACGCCGAACCAAAGACAUUCCAGAUCGUGCGCGUAAAGGACAUUGUGUACCAUCCAGCGUAUAACCCGACCACACUGAACUACGACGUGGCUAUGCUGGUGUUGGAGGAUCGUCUUAAGUUCGACACGCACAUUGGAGCGAUCUGUUUGGAUGAGAACGAUGUUGUACCGAGUGCGUCCUAUGAGAACUGCGUCACCACUGGUUGGGGCAAGGAGGUCCUUAAGAUUCACAUCCAAAACGCGCUGAUGCAACAGAUGUCGAUCUCGCUGCUGUCGGAAGCUGAAAGCCAGAGCCAGCUACAAGCGAACGGUUUCACCGCGGAAUCGCACAUCUGCGGGCGACCGUCGGGAGAUGCCUGUGAGGUUGAUGUUGGCAGUGCACUGGCGUGUGCUGAUACAAGCGGCACGUACUACCUGAAGGGUGUCUACUCGGCCGACAAUGGUUGCAAUCGUCCGGAUCAGAUCGUGUCCUUCUCGAACAUUGACGUGCAGUGGCUCAAGCAAGCGUUGAAGAACCCAAACCAGUUCAUCACCCCUGUACCGAGCUAUCAAACUGCGGCCAAUAGCCCACAGGUGACGCGAAUUCAGCUUCAAUCCACCCAGGGACCGGCGUACAACAACAAGUACCUGCCACCGUACUAAACAGGGCCGGUACAGCUCCCGGGCAGGACACAGCAGGACACCAACUAACAUUCAGUGAUAGUACACAAACACCGCCCACCACACGAACACGCAGACGGAUCCACUCGUCUGGGGAGAGAAAGAGUGAUCGACUUUUCCGGAGCGAGCGAGUGAUCCGCAUUAAACAAUGCAUACACCAUACCAUUUUCACACCGUCACAGCCAACAUUCCGCACACGAUCAUUGAGACACGCAUUGCAUCGACGACAAGGACACAUUUUACAGUAGAUCAACACACCACACCGCUGCAUUGUGCUGCGUUAGUUUAGAAAGUUUAAGGAUCUUUUAUUUUUACCCCGCCCGAAUUUCUCUCACACCGUGGAAAACCGGAGCAACCGGAGUCCGUUCAUUGCCCCGUUCCCAAACGUAACGAUUUUUCUUUUUUCUCCCAUUGCCUGUGUGUGAGUGUGGUUGGGUGUCGGCCCUCUGUGUCCGGUUUCUUUUGCGUAGCUUUAAGUCCUUUACACCACACGUGCACCAAGUAAUCGCAAACACCGAAAAGCGCUCGUAUCCAGAUCAACGCACACGCAUAAUCACCCGGAUGGCCCGGAAGGAACGACAUCUAGAGUAUCAUUUAUUGCAGCGCAUUCGCAUGACAAAUGCCGCCAUUCGAGUGGCCAUUCGCGAGCAUAUCCUGCACGAGACGGACCGUACGGUCGCUUCAAGAACACUGUUUCAGGAGAUUCCAGACCGCGGGCAGCUGCAUCUGGCGUAACGUUACCAAUGCAAAUGCCACUGCUACGAUGCGGCUGCGUUGGCUUGGUUGCAUUAAGCCUUUUGUUUUCGUCUUCUUCUUCAUCCUUUUUUUUAACGAGAACACCGACAAACAUUCACCCCACACUAGGCACGCGCGCGCGCUAUUGACCGGCGUGAAUAGGCAGAAGCACACAGAAGCGUGGCGUUACUAUUCUUUUUGUAUCUGUAAUAUUAUUUAAUUACCUGUACAUAAUAAAUAUUGUAAGCUUUCAUCGUUUUU